AUGACGCUCGUAUUCCUCGGGAACUCCGCUUUACGCCGAGUGUCAAAGUCGGUAGCCGAUGUGCGCGCGCCGGCAGUCCGAAGACUGUUAGAGGAUUUGGACAAGGAAGUGCGCCUGGAGGCUGGAGUGGGCAUCGCAGCUCCGCAACUCGCCCACAACCUGCGUAUGUUCCUGAUGAUCAAGGACAUGCCGGAGAACGAGGAUGACCUAAGCAAGUUGGAAUAUCAGGAGGUGCUUAAUCCAAAGAUUGUGGCCAUGUCCAAGUCCAGCAAGCGCGACUUUGAAGGUUGUUUGAGUGUGCCUGGCUACCAGGGCAUUAUCGAGCGUGCCGAGGAGAUUCGAGUGCAAUAUCAAGACGCAGAAGGCCGCAAAAUUCAGGAAACACUCACAGACUUCCCUGCGCGUAUCUUCCAACACGAACUCGACCAUCUUAACGGCGUCAUGUAUCUCGACCGCUUAGAAGCCGGCAGCCUCAUUCACAACGAAGAGUUCGAGGCCAUGGAGUGGCAAGACAUCCAAAAGCUGCUUUUACAAGGACCCCCGAAGAUCCCCCCUCUUAUGGUCUCUAUGUCUACACAGACCACCAACAUUCGUCAAACUAAAGGCAAAGGCAAAUGCAAGAACAAGUACUAG